AUCAUCAUCACAGUGACAAUCGACAAAUACAAUGUCCUCGACCGAACCUGUUCCAGACCUUGAAGCAGGUAUUCUGUACUGGGCCACUCAGCCCGCAAACUACGACGGCGUGCUUGGUGGAUUUGGAACAGGGUCGCUUCCUCGCGUUGACGCUCUUGGAUCGCGUCGCUUCCUCCUCGAUCUCCUUCCUGAACUAUCCACAGUCCCAUCACCAUUUCGGAAUCUCUCCGCCCCUACGUCCGAAACUAGGCGUGUGAGAGCUCUUGAUGUCGGCGCGGGUGUCGGGCGUGUCACAUCAGACGUCCUCCUUCCCCUUGUCUCAGAUGUUGUCCUGCUCGAGCCUGUAGAGCCUUUCAUCAACGAAGCUCGAUCACGCGGAAAAGCCAGCGAAUCCGGUGUGGAAUUGAACGAUAGCGGGUAUAGGGUGUUGUGGAAGGGUAUCGCUGACAAAUCGAAGAGCGUUACGUUCUUUAAAGGUGCCUUGCAAUCUUUUGACCCAGCUGCACCAGGGACACCUCUGGAUCGAGUCGGUUAUCUGCCACCCGACGGUGAUGACGAUAAGGAAUCGAAAUUUGAUGUGAUUUGGUGUCAGUGGUGCCUAGGUCACUUGAAAGAUGAUGAUCUUGUGCAGUUCCUGCAGAUGAGCAAGAAGGCUCUACGUGAUGCGAGGAGUCUCAUCGUGGUGAAGGAGAAUUUAUGCCGUGAGCAAGGAAACGAGCCUGUGACCGUUUUUGACGAGCAAGACUCGACCUUCACUCGGUUCGUAAGAAGCGAUUAUGUUUUACAAAAGUCUUUACUUUGAUUUGUAGGUCAGACCUGGCAUUCAAAAAU